UUUUUGCGAUAGCCGGCUAUUCUAACUACUUUUACUAUUUCUUUGGUGUUAUUAAGUUCUUGAUAGAAUAAAAAUAAUCAUGUCGUUUAUUGGACGUGCUCUAUUAAGACAAGUGCCUCUGUUGGGCAAACGUAUUGUUGGACAGCAACAACAGGCCGCACGUCUGCUGCAUCAGACUGCUCCACUCUUGGCUGUGCGCGUGCAGGAGCCGGCGCCGGACUUCAAGGGCUUGGCUGUGGUGGGCAAUGACUUUCAGGAGAUCAAUCUCGAAGACUAUAGAGGCAAAUAUCUGGUGCUGUUCUUCUAUCCAUUGGACUUCACCUUUGUCUGUCCCACGGAAAUAGUUGCAUUUAGCGAACGCAUUAAGGAGUUCCACGACAUCAAUGCGGAGGUUGUGGGUGUCUCAGUUGACUCGCAUUUCAGCCAUCUGACCUGGUGCAAUGUCGAUCGCAAGAACGGCGGUGUUGGCAAGCUCAAGUAUCCUCUACUGUCGGACAUAACCAAGCGUAUAUCCAAGGACUACGAUGUGCUGUUGGAUAAUGAGGGCAUUUCACUGCGUGGCACCUUCAUCAUUGAUCCCAAGGGCAUUUUGCGCCAGUACUCGAUAAACGAUUUGCCAGUUGGCCGCUCAGUGGAUGAGGUGCUGCGCCUCAUCAAGGCUUUCCAGUUUGUGGAGGAACACGGCGAGGUGUGCCCAGCCAAUUGGAAUCCCAAAACAAACCCAGCAACCAUUAAGCCUGACGUGGAAGACUCCAAGCAAUACUUUAGCAAACAUGGCUGAAGCUCAUCACCUGCUAAGCUCACAUUCAUCUCAAAAGACAAACAGCUUUGUUUUUUUGUCAAUCCUUUACUGAAGCAUAAAUACAAAGUGUUUAAGUAGU